CUCUGACCUCUGACCCCACCUAGCCCCUUGGUGUCCGUGGCCUCCUCUGUGGCAUACUGAGGGGAGUCAGUGGGAAGAGCUUCUCUUGGUGUGAGAAUUCCUUGGUGGAAUGCGGACAGGUGGAGGUCACAGAAGCCUCUAUGAUAUCACCGAAGGGGGGCAGGACAGCUUGGAAUGAAGUUUCUUUGAGGAGUGGGAGGGACACUGAGCAACUAUGGCGCAUAACCAGAGGACCUGGUGGCAGCACUGGACUGACACCACCUAUAUCAAUCCUUUGAACCGCAUGAGGGCCGCUCACGAGCCCUACCUCCGGCCAGAGGAGCAAGUGCUCGUCAACCGCCGAGAUAUCACUAGCAGUAAGGAUGCCUGGGACAUGCAGGAGUUCAUCACUCGCAUGUAUGUCAAGGAGCUGCUCCGACACCCGGCCUUCCACCUGCUGCUGGCCGUGCUGCUGGUGGUCAAUGCCAUCACCAUUGCUCUCCGCACCAACUCCGUUCUUGACCAGAAACACUAUGAGUUGUUCUCUACCAUAGAUGACAUUGUGCUGACUAUCCUUAUCUGUGAACUUCUCCUCGGCUGGUUAAAUGGCUUCUGGAUUUUCUGGAAGGACGGCUGGAACAUCCUCAACUUCCUUAUCAUCUUUAUCUUGCUCCUGGGGUUCUUCGUUAAUGAACUCAGUGCCAUCUCUAUCACCUACACCCUCAGGGCACUUCGUCUGGUGCACGUGUGCAUGGCAGUGGAGCCCCUGGCCCGGAUCAUCCGUGUCAUCCUGCAGUCAGUGCCCGACAUGGCCUACAUCAUGGCGCUCAUCCUCUUCUUCAUGCUGGUGUUCUCAGUAUUCGGGGUCACUCUCUUUGGUGCAUUCGUGCCCAUGCAUUUCCAGAACAUGCAGGUUGCCCUGUAUACCCUCUUCAUCUGCAUCACCCAGGAUGGCUGGGUGGACAUCUACAGUAACUUUCAGAUGGAGACAAGGGAGUACGCAGUGGAGAUUGGGGGCGCCAUCUACUUUGCCAUCUUCAUCACCAUCAGUGCCUUCAUUGGCAUCAACCUGUUGGUCGUCGUGGUCACCACCAAUCUGGAGCAAAUGAUAAAGGCAGGCGAACAGGGGCAACAGCAUCAAAUAGUCUUCAGUGAGACAGGCCGCGAGGAGGGAAAUGGGAAUAACGAGCUGCCGCUGGUGCACUGUGUGGUCGCCCGUUUGGAGACAUCUGGCGUCCCCCAGGAGCCGUUUAUGGGGGGCCUCCCGACGAACCUCUCAGAAAACACAUUCGACAACUUCUGCUUGGUGCUCGAGGCAAUACAGGAGAACCUGAUGCAGUACAAGGAGAUCCGAGAUGAGCUCAACACGAUAGUGGACGAAGUACGCUCCAUCCGCUUCAACCAGGAACAGGAGGAGGAGCUGAUGCACAGGCACUUGUCGUGGAGCCCGUCGAGGGCAAGCGGGUCCUCCAUAGCCACCCGUGAGAUGACUUGCCAGCAAGACUUGAUCACUGCGCUCGUCAACAGGGAAAAGGUUCAGGAAUCCAACACAAAUGUACUCCUUAACAAACACAAGUUGAGCCGCUGAGAGGGCAGGACGGUAGCCAACGGGCAUGAGCACACACACCCAGCCACUGCAUCUUCUGCGUCACUAGCAUGACUUGGCACAUCCUGGCCUGAACCCAUCCUCUCCCUUACCCCCCGGGCAGAUGCCUGGGGAUGGAAGGGGGCAGCAUCGCUAGGGCUUGUGCCUGGGAGCCCCAGGUCCAGAGGAGCCGGGAUGGAGAAGGAUGCUGGAUGAGAGUGGGAGCCCUACCACAGGAUGAGCACAGAAGGGGGUGCUGGCCAAGGCAGCCAGGAUUUGCCCUAAGGAUGGGCAUCCCUGGUAUCCUGCUAGACCAGAACUAGAUGGAGUCUAAGUGGGCCCAAGCACCAAGAGAAGAAAGGUGAGGCCAGUGGGGCCAGGUAUCUGUAUCAGCAAUAAACUUUUGUGUUGGGACCAAUGUGUCUGACUGGUGGAUCUCCAAACCCUUGAGGCAGCCUUGCCCCUCAAGAGCCUGUUUGUCCAAUGGGAGAGUCACUGGCUGUCCUCCAGAGCUUCCAGUCUAAUGGGAGAGAAAAUCCACACCCUGAAAAUUUUUGACUUAACGGUAGAGAUGUAAUCCCUGCCCUCAGGGUCCUAAAUUCUGGGGGUGAAAAUCUGGUCCUCACAGUUCCUCACAGUUGGGAGUGCCUCUCUUAUGAAGGAGACGCCCUACCCUCUCUCUGUGUCUGAAGGUGUAGGAGACUGGUCCUCAUUCUGGGGAGUUCUAGUCUGAUGGGGUCACCAUCGACCAAGUCAUGCAGGUACAGGAAGCUCUAUCCUGGAUCAAUGGAGAAUGGCUGGGCGAAGUGUGGGUCCUGGCAGGCUCUCUGGGGAAGAAGAGCACUGAAGCUUCCUGGAAGGCAUCAGGAGGAAUUUGAGGGUCAGGUGGAUGAAGUCCGGUGGAGAACUUGGGACCUGUGAGACCUCUUUGGGAGCUUCAUACAAAGACCAUCGAGAGCCACAGCAUGUCCUGAGCUAGGCAAUGCAGAGUCUGAGAAAGCUGUGGCAGUCGUGGGCACUAUGAAGAGCUGCCUCGGUGGAUUCUCAUCCUUGGGCAAAUCACUGGGCCUCAUUUUCCCCAUCUGUGCAAUCGGGAGAGGAUAAGAUUGAGCACUAGCUCUAAAAUCAAACGGCCAGCACUCAGCCCCAGAACUGGGAGACUGAUGAGAUCAGCUGUACGGUUGAGACUCAGGUUCCCUGAUGUUGUGCGAAGGGAAGGCUGGAAGAGAUGUUGCGUGAGAGUUCUGCCCAGCUGUUCAGCAAAGACUGACAACUAGGGGCCUUGGGGAUAUUCACCAGUUGGAAUGGGAAUCCCCAGAGGCCCACUGAUUGCAGGUGACGGGAAACUCCACCCUUCAUCCCCUCCCACUGGCAUUGCUUCCAGCCCUGAAAAGCCCCCUGGGGCCUGCUGGGAAGAAGUCUGGACAACUGGGGCAGGGGUGGUGCACUCAGCAGGCAGGUGAGAGGUGGCACCCCAGCAGUGCUUCACUGUCUUGGAGUGCUAUCUGUUCCCCUGUUUGGGCCAAGACUCCAGGACCAUCAACCAGCAGAACGAUGGGCAGCCAGUGGCUUUUGCUGCUUCUGCUGCUAUUUAUGGGGAAUGGAGCCCUCAAUCUGCCUGGCAUUAUGACAACCUGGGGUCAGCUACAACAUCUUCCACUAAAGACUCUGGAACUGUGGGAACUAUAGAGUGUUCCUCCACAAUUUCAUCUCCAUCCAACAGUGGGAGAGACAAUGGCCCUGCAGUUCCACCUAACACCUCACCAACAACUGGCAGGACAGAACCAUCUGAGUCCCAGCAGCAUACACAUCAGCUGCUCCGCCAGUUUCACUACCAGCCAGCAGCUCUGCUGGGUCCACUGAGCAGACAACCCCAGCACAUGAGACUCAAGAGGAGAGAUUAAAUACAGUUAUCACCACAACCUCUGAGGGCACAACGCUGCCAAAUUCCAUGGUGACUUCUACAUUGAAGGACCAGGGAGGGACAACCAGAAGCACAGCCUCAUCCAGCAUGGCCACCUCAGCAAACCCCUCAAAACAGAACCAGUGUGCUCCAGCUGCAACCCCAUUCGCAUCAAGCUCCGGAGCCAAUGGAUUGGAGUCAUCAGUGGUCGCUGACUCUCCAAAGGUCAGCCACGAUCACAGCUCCAACGGCCUUAAACAUACCAGGCAAUGACGUCACAUCAUCGGGGUCCAUGAGAACCACUGUCUCUGAGAAGUCAGCUGCAACGCUAUCCCCCGCAACAUUGAACGAAAUCACUGAUGUGAAAGAAUCUUUACCUGUGACAAGCAGUGCAGUUAUACCGCUUCGCUAACCAUGACCACCUGGGGACAGACAUGCCUGGCACUCAGGCAGGGGUAACUACCGCUGCACCCCCAACCCCAAUAACAGCCCCCACGAUGAGCAUGCUGUCCAGAAGACAUCACAACACCAUCACACAAGCACCUUCCCAUCCAGUGGAAUCAGCCCCCAGUGCUGGCACUGCAAUGGCCCAGUCACCUGAGACAACAGCUGCUCAUUCAACAACCCUUAUUCCCAGCUCCUCGGGAAUGACAAAAUCUGCUGCCAGCACUGGAGCCAGUCAAGCCUCCCCUAAACACACCAAGAACAGUAGUCCUGGAGCAGGAGUCUGUACUUCAGAUGAAUACCUGGCGGACAGGAGAGUUUGUAUGUGCAAUAACAGCUACUGUGCCCAUCAGGUAAGUCUGAGGAACUCAUGUCAGUACGGCGAAGAACUCUUCACAACUCUCUUCACAUCUGAAGGCCCAGAUGGACACAUGUCCAAAGGGUGUGUGAGGGCCAGUGAGGUUUGGUCAGACAUUGACAUCUAAAGAGUCCAUCUGGGCAGAGGUGAUUUCUAGUGAGAGGAAAGGUAGCUGAGCAUAUGAAUUUGUCUUAGUCAAUUCAGGCUGCUAUAACAAAAUACCAUGCACUGGGUGGCUUAUGAACAGCAGAAACAUUUCUCACAUUUCUGGAGGCUGGAAGUUCAAGAUCCAGGCACCGGUAGGUUUGCUAUUAGGUGAGGGCCCACGUUCUGGUUCAUAGAGAGCUGUCCUCUUGCUGUGUCCUCACAUGAUGGAAGGGCCAAGGGAGCUCUCUGGGGUCUCUUUUAUAAGGGCACUAAUCCCAUUCUUAAGGGCUCCACCCUCAUGACCUAAUCACCUCCCAAAGGCCCCACCUCCUAAUACUGUCACAUUGGACAUUAGGAUUUAACAUAUGGAUUUGGGGUGGGGGUGUGUGCAAAUAUUCAGUAUAUAGCAGAGGUAGAACGGACAAUUCAUCAACCCCCAGCCCCCAGGAUUCUAAUUACUGACUAGAGAUUAAGCCUUCCUGGGGGGAGUAGAUGAUGAUCCACCAAAGAAAAAGGCUGUAGCCCCAACACAGGCCUGGAGGGCUAGACAGGGAAACGGAGGCAAAAAUCUUGUUGAGGCAAGACCAGUGUGGCUGGGUUCACAGGGUCUCCCUGUGUUAGUAGCAGUACAACUAACUCCCAGGCUCACCCUCUGGCAGGGCAGAAGCUGGGUCCUGGGAACCAAAAAAGAUGAUGGUGUCCCCCACACAUAUGCCUCCUACAGUUGAAAUAAAUCUAACCCCCCAAAAAUUUCAAGUUAGCAAAAUUCUGAUUUUCCUAAAAUGACUAGCCUGUUUGUUUUUUUUUUCUUCUUUUGGCUGUGUUGGGUCUUUGUUGCUGCAUGGGUUUUCUCUAGUUGCAGCAA